GUUCUUUCAAAAGAAACUGAUAUGAGCAUAAGACAGGUUGAACGCUGGUUCAGGAUUAGACGGAAUCAGCACAGAACUCCUGUGUUCAAGAAAUAUUUGGACUCAUCUUGGAGGGGUGUGUUUUAUUUUGUCAUUUUCUGGUAUGGUCUUUACUUGCAUUUAGAUAAACCCUGGUUUUAUGACACUCUGUAUAUGUGGAAAGGCUGGCCACAUCAUCAUGUUUCAGAAGACAUUUACUGGUAUUACAUGGUUGAAGGGGCCUUCUACAUCAGCCUUCUGUUUUCAUUAUUCACAGAUCACAAGAGAAAGGACUUCUCUCAGAUGGUGAUCCACCAUGUGGCCACGCUACUGUUGAUGAUGCUGUCAUGGAUCAGCAAUUUUGUUCGAGUCGGAACUCUGGUCCUUGUAAUACAUGACGCUGUGGAUUCAUGGAUGGAGUUUGGCAAAGUAGCUAAAUAUCUUGGAUAUGACAGGGUUUGUGAAGUAUUCUUUUACAUUUUCAUGCUGGUUUGGAUCAUAACAAGGAUGAUCAUCUUCCCAUUCAGAAUCAUUCGCUCGACAUUGUUUGAGGCUCUAGGUGAAGACUGCCUUAACGAUGCCACUGUUGGUUGGCUCACCAUGUACUCUGUCUACAACAUGCUCCUCUGUGUUUUGCAAGUCCUGCACAUAAUCUGGUUUUACUACAUUUGCCUGGUAGCUAAAGAUGCUUUCAAAGGACAAGUGCAAAAGGAUUCUCGCAGCAGCUUGGAAUCAGAAAGUGAAUCAGAUGGAGAGAAAAGUCAAGGAAGCACAGAGAACAAUGGCAGAUCAAAGAAGGAGCAGGCAGUCUCUUCGGUAAAUGGUGUCAUCCGAACCAGAGCAAAACCUGCAUCGUAG